AGUGAGCUUUAUGCACCACUAAGAGGAGGAGGUGUACUUUAAAAAAGGCGGAACUUUGGCUCUUCUGAAAGCGGGGGAUUCCUGCAGUGAGACUUCACUGAGACCAGAAGUAGUUUGCACUGGUACACGCAAUCAUGGAUUUUGUAGACCCGAUCCUGACCAUAGCAGAGAAAUUGCAUGAACUGUGUGGUGAGGUAAAAGCCAACAAGAAGCGCUGCAGGCGUCUGGCUGUGCGUGUGUCUGCACUGGUAGAGCUCGUCAAAGCCGUUAAGCUCACUGGCUUGGGAAAAACGCCAGACCAAGUAAAGAGGGGCUUGCAAGAGCUUAAAGUGACUUUGGAGUCGGCUGAAGAAGUUGUGAAGAAAUACGCCUCAUCCAGUUGCCUGAAACGCAUUGUGAAGGCAUUUGACCUUGGCGAGGAGUUUGGGAGCUUGAACGAGCGUCUGAACGAUGCGGCACAGCUGCUCUCGCUGACCCUGCAGGUGGAACAGAGAGACAGGAUGGAUAAGGUGUUUAAAGAGAACAGGAGAAAGAAGGAGGAUGAAGAUGACAGAAGAGAGGACUAUGAGGAGCUCCAGAAUUUGCUUCAGUCUUUGGCAGAUGAGAAAGAAAAGACUAGAGUGAGUGUGGAUGCUGUGCAAGUGAAAGUCGAACAAACUCAGAAAGACGUUCAGGACAUUAAAGGCAUACUGGAAUCGUUGAGAAGACCCAGCAUUCAUUUGCAGGAUAUUAGAGAAAUCAGACCUGAGGAGCUAACCUAUGACAUUCCCAUUGAGCCAAUCAUGAAGUCUGACAAUUUUGAAUUGUUCAAAGGAGAAUAUAACAAGUUCACUGUGGCCAUCAAGAGAUACACGUAUACAGUGAGCACCAGCCCAAAACAAAUGAGGAGCAUAUUUCAUAAGGAAGUGGAGACUAUGAAACGCUUUGAGUCACCCCACAUCCUCAGGAUGUUCGGGAUCUGCGUUCAGAAUGAGAACGGACCAAAUCCAACCUACCUCAUAGUGAUGGAGUUCUGUGAGAAGGGCAAUCUAAGAUAUGUGCUGGACAGUCCCAGCAAACUACCCUGGGACAGAAAAACUCGCAUGUGUCUAGAUGCAGCGCAAGGACUAUACAGACUGCAUCAGUCAGAAGAAAAGUUUAAGGUGCAUGGUUGCAUCACUAGCAGCAAGUUUCUAGUGGCAGCUGGCUACAGAGUAAAGCUUGGAGGAUUUGAGUUGGCAAAGACUGAAAUAUCCCUAAAGAAUAGUAAAGAGAAUAAGAACAGCUCGAUGAUGUACAUUUCUCCACAGCAGCUGAAAGACAUAAACCAUCAGUAUGACAAAGCCUGUGAGAUCUACAGUUUCGGCAUUGUUCUGUGGGAGAUAGCAACACGUCAAGUCCCCUUUAAAGAUUGCUCCUCUUAUAGUAAAAUGUAUAAGAAGGUCUGGGUGGAAAAGACGGUGGAACCGCUGUCACAUGACUGUCCCAGUCAGCUCAAGGAGCUGAUUAAUGCCUGCCGUUCGUUUGAGCCGUUCCAGAGGCCUUCUGCUGGAGUGUUGGUGGACAAGCUACGUAAACUAGCACAGCAGUAUGAUGAGGACUAAAUCCAAAGCACAUCCACACUUGACUACGACAGAUGUUUUCACAUGUGUACAGUUAGGAUACAGAGAAUCUGAGAAAUUCAUUGGGAUUGUUUACUGGACUCAGCAUUUAAACUUCCUGGACAUAGCAUAUAAACUAUACUGCCAAUUACUGAAAAAAUGUGACAAUUAUGUUUUUUUUUUGUUUUUUUUAAAAAGGGCCUAUGCAAUCAAUAGAUUUUGAAAAUUCCUAAUCUGUGUCUGACAAGUUCUCUCUGUUUGUUAAAGGAGCCUGUCAUUGCUUGUAGCCAACAGCAUCUGAAGACAAAAUUUGACACUAAGUAAAUGUAACGUCUGAUGGUAUUUCUGACAUUUGUGUGGGGGUUAAUAUAUAUUGUAUGAAAUCUGCAGAAUGAAUUGAAAUAUAUGUAAACUCAGAUUUGGGUCCAGUUGGCUGUUGUGUGCUGUUACGACCCUGAAGUUGACUAUUUUCUUAAAACAGCAGGGGUUUUUGUUAAACUACAGUAAUUUACCAAUUUUUGUAUUAAUUCAAGAAUGACAUACAUUUUUAUCCAUUUAUAGUUGCAUUUAAUGUUGUGGAACAUUAGCUAAACAAGUUAUCACUUACUUAUUGACCACUACAAAGCACUAACACCUGAGAUUGGUUCCAUAAAUAUAAAAUAGAUAUGUUCUUACAGAAAACUUCACCAUAUCAAAAAUUGUUUGCUUUUUUCUUUCUUUUUUUAAUAACAUGCUUUUAAUCGGUUUUCAUUAUUAAACCUAGAUUGCCUAAGCACAUCCACCAUACAAGUCCCUGUAAAUUAGCUGUUACUUUAUCAUAGACAAUGCAUUAAAACAUGAUUGGGGCCA